AUGCAAAACCAGGCUUUGUAUUCUCAGAUCAAUGGGUAUGUGCAGCUGCCGGAGGAGGAGCAUCUGAGGUGCCCGCGUUGCGACUCGGCGGACACAAAGUUUUGCUAUUACAACAAUUAUAACCUUUCUCAGCCGCGCCAUUAUUGCAGGGCUUGCCGGAGGUACUGGACAAGGGGCGGCACCCUCCGCAAUGUCCCGGUUGGCGGCACCACCCGCAGGGCCAACCGGCGGGCCGCCGCCGGCGGCGGCCAACGCCCCCAGCCGGAGGCACCCGUCGUGGCGGCGCCGGCGGCGGCAGGAGGCGGCGUCGAGGGGCAGUUUGGUAAUUUUGGGGAGGGGCUGCAGCCGGAGCAAAUGGGUAUGCUGGGAGGGGAAGGGCAGUGGCCGGAAUACCCUCCGGCGUACCUGCCGGGGUCGGGUUAUAUGUAA